GUUCCGCCAGGUCCAACCAGCGGGCGCCAACGGGAUUGCGCAUGCGCCACGCACAUCACCCGGAAGUUGAUGCCUAAGUGCCGCUGAGGGACCCGCGAAAAUGAACCCUUUAACAAAGGUGAAGUUGAUCAACCAGCUGAAUGAGCGAGAGGUUCAACUCGGGGUGGCGGAUAAGGUGUCUUGGCACUCGGAAUACAAGGACAGCGCCUGGAUCUUUCUGGGAGGGCUUCCUUAUGAACUGACUGAAGGGGACAUCAUCUGUGUGUUCUCACAAUAUGGAGAGGUUGUUAACAUCAAUCUUGUGCGAGACAAGAAGACUGGGAAAUCCAAAGGAUUUUGUUUCCUGUGCUAUGAAGACCAAAGGAGCACAAUUCUGGCCGUUGACAAUUUGAAUGGAAUCAAGAUCAAGGGAAGAACUAUCCGUGUGGAUCAUGUGUCUAACUAUCGAGUGCCUCAAGAAUCCGAAGAAGUAGAUGAUAUAACUAGAGAGCUCCAUGAGAAGGGUUGUGGGGCUAACACUCCUCCACCGAGUUCAUCCGAAGAGUCUGAAGAUUCCAAACCCACCAAAAAGCACAAAAAAGACAAAAAGGAAAAAAAGAAAAGAAAGAAAGACCAAGAGAAGACUGACCAUGAGGUACAGGCAGAGCAAGCACCCUCCUUUGUGUCUCCCAGAAGCAAGAUGAUAAAGGACAAAAAUGAGCCUGGCCCCAAGAAGCACAGCAGCAAGAUCUCAGAGAGAGUUGAGAAGUCUGAAUCCAGAGAGGGGCGGAAGCACUGCCCAGAUUCUCCUGAAGUUAGGAAUUCCGGCCAUGGUCGAGUAGAGGACCCCAAGAGGGAAUCAAAACAUGAGAAACCCAAACAUGAGCACAAGUCUUCAAGUAGGAGGGAGUCUAAAGAAGACAAGAACAAGGAGAGAGAGAAAGGGCAAAGCACACAUUCUAGCAGGCACAGCCGGCAUUCUGAAGGGCGAAAUCACAGAAGUAGAAGUAGGAGCCUAGAUAAAUCCCACAGGCAUAAAAAGCACCGAUGCUCCUGGGAACGGGAGUCCUUCCAUUCCAGGGACCAUAGGCGACACUGAAGUCUGUUUCACUCGCCCAGUUGAUAUGAAAACACACUUCGUUGUUUAUUCACUUCUGUUGUUAAUGUUUUUGUACAUAAAAUUUCUGGAGCUGAA